AUGGUCCGACUAUCAAUCUUCGCUGUUAUCUUCGCCGCCGUUACUUCUGUCGCCGCCGACGGAUUCUGUCAAUGCCUCUUCCCGGACGGCUCCCACUGCUGCGUUGUUGAAUACGGCAUCAGGAAAGCAUGCGUGGAGCUUUGCAAAGAUAAUGGAAACUCGGACAAGAUGUGUAAUGCUGGCGGCAAGUACUCGGACGUCAGCACGUGGAACGGAAUGUGGCGCCGCAGCUGCAAGUACUCGUACCUCUAG